GUUAGAAGGAAUAUUAUUUUAGUUAUUAUUUAUAAAAUAAAGAAAAGUUGCACACUAGCUACAUGGCAUGCAUGAACCAUGAAUAGUUUAUGAGUCCUAUAAACUAUUGAUACACCCUUUUGAGGUACACUAUAGUUUUUUUUUUUGGAACUUUCUAUUGAUACACCCUUUUGAGGUACACGAUUUGUAUACCCACAUUUGUUGUGGGUUUACGAAAGCAAUUCAUACGGAGUAAUAAAUAAUGCAAUUACUAAGAUAGUCUAUAAAUGGUGUACCGUGUACGCCAAAAGAGUGUAAUUACUAAGAUAGUCUACAAAUAUGCAUCAACAACGAUUCUUUUUUAUGAGAAAAGAGGCAAAUAAGUUCCCGAACUAUUUACGAUUUUGCAAUCAGGUCCCUAAACUGAAAGACUUGUAGAUACACUAUCAAUUAAAUGAAACUUAAAUAAUCUGAAUCUUUUUACCCGUUGAUUCCAGUAAUUUCUCACCUCCCAUUAGCACUGACAAGUAGCAAAGGAUCUGAUUGCUUAAUUUUCUCGUAUUUGCAAGUCUUUCCGUUUAGGAAUUUGAUUACAAAUCACAAAUAGUUCCAGAAUUUAUCUACCUUUUUCUCAUGAUAUGAUAUGAUGCUUUUCUUUCCCGCCAUAAAACAUUGCCCUUCUCAGUUGAGGCGCCAUUUGCUAAAUACUUCGUAUCUACGGAGUAUUAUCUUCGUAAGGUCUACGAUCCUACACAGUAGAGAGCUAAAAAGGUUGAAUCUUGUGUAAAGAAUGGCAUCUUCAUCCGGAAAAACUAUUAUGGAUCUAUUGAAGCAACCAUCAGCGAAGCGCCUUAAACGGGUCUCCUCACCACCGCCAUCUCCCGCCGUUGUCCCCGUCAGUAGCUUCUCCUCUUCUGCUACGCCGUCCCCAAAGGAGCCCCAAGCCGGAGACAACGGCGUCGUCCAGCAAACAGAAACACUCACGCCUGCACAGAAUUUUAGAAUGGAGUUCAACAAAUCCCUAGCCAAGGCUAAAUUCAAUCUCAAACUCUGUGCUGAGAAAGUCUCUUGUUCAAUAUCUGAAGGUGAGGGCUCUCAGUAUGUGAAGUUGAAGGAAUUGUUGGUGGAGGGGUCAUGGCUGCAAGCAUUGCCAGAGGAGUUUGAAAAACCAUAUGCUAAAAACUUGUGUAAGUUUGUGGAGAGUGAAAUUCGCAAUAGUAGUGUGCCGGUUUAUCCUCCUCAGCACUUGAUUUUCAAUGCUCUUAACACUACCUCUAUUGACAAGGUUAAAGCUGUCAUCAUUGGACAGGAUCCAUAUCAUGGGCCUGGUCAAGCAAUGGGCCUCUCUUUCUCAGUGCCCGAGGGUGUAAAAGUUCCUUCAAGCCUGGUUAAUAUUUAUAAGGAGCUCAAUAAAGACUUGGGUUGUUCAAUCCCUUCUCAUGGAAAUUUGGAGAAGUGGGCAAUACAGGGUGUUCUGCUUCUCAAUGCUGUUCUUACUGUAAGGCAUCAUCAAGCGAAUUCCCAUUCAAACAAAGGUUGGGAGCAAUAUACUGAUGCUGUAAUAAGAGCAAUUUCUCAGAAGAAAAAAGGAGUUGUCUUCCUUCUUUGGGGAAACUAUGCCCAAGCAAAAGGCAGGCUAAUUGAUGAAACCAAGCAUCAUGUGCUGAAAUCGGCACAUCCUUCUGGUUUGUCAGCAAACAGAGGCUUCUUUGGAUGCAGGCAUUUUUCGCAGACAAACAAGCUUAUGGAGGAUAUGGGGCAAUCCCCUAUAGAUUGGCAACUAUAAUGUAGAAUGCCAUGUCAUUUUUUUUGGAAAGUUGGAGCACUGGGAGGCCAUUUUUCGAAAUGAGCAGUUUUGCAGGAAUGGAUGUGUGUGUGGCUAGGCUGCGUUGUUUUUCUUUUGACUCUAUUACCUAUGAUGAUAAAAAAAAGUACACAUUCCAGUAUCCCACCUCUCUCCCAGACAUGGCACUUCACUGCCUCCUAUUAAAAAGGGGCGUCUGGGGCAGGGGGGCCUGGACUAAUCAGAGCUGAAACUUACUUCAUUGAGUUUCGAACCCGAGACCUCACGAAAGGAAAAGGGAGUUGGCGAUCAACUAGCUGGGCAUGACCGCUUCCUCAAAUGAUUAAGAUGCUACUCUUUUUGUAUAAUCAUUAUUUCAUUACUUAGUCACUUUUUAUAGUUUACUGGUAUUUCUAAUCAUUUUAUUUAUAUUUUACAUAGAAAACGAAAUAAGUACACAUAUACGAUUAAAAUAAAGAUUGUUUAUAUAAAAGUGACUAGUGAUUAGAGUAGUAAGGAAUCAAAAUAAUUUAUGUUCAAUUUUUAAACGUAAGUUACUAUAACACUACAUUGUAAUAACUACUCCUUGCGUCCCACUAAGAUUGGGACAAUUCGGUUUAAUGUAACACCGUCCCC